AUGACCCAGAAUCAGGAUAAUUUUGAGCCAAACAUUUUUGAUUUUACAUCUACUCAAACACCCGGUGAUUUUCAUGUUUGCCCCAAUGACGAAAGUACGGAAAUACCGAUACUGCCAAUAGACUUUGGGACAAAUGACGCUACUUUUGAUACCAAUAUAUUCCAUGAUCAAGCCUCAGAAGGCUGCAGGCUAUGGAACAUCGAUUCUUACAAUACGCCUGCACCGGAACCUUUAGACUAUGGAGAAAAUCCGGCAAUCAGUAACUUUUCGGCAUCAUCUUCUACCGAGGGCCUCCUUUCAGACAUCUUCAAUUCGCCACUCUUAGCGACAAAUUCUCCUGAAAUCGAAAGUGAAGCUCAAAUAGACACUACAUCAGGUGUUGAAGUUACUAGUAUGCCACUCACAGGUGAUGUCAAUCUUCAGAAGACACCUCUUCAAACUCCCAACAACCAAUUCGGUCUUCCCCGUUGGAGGAGUCGGUAUUUUGUGUCAAAUUCGGAAGUUAAAAACACACCGUCACGAAAUGUGACUACAAGUGAACUGGACCCAAUGCAACGAUGGCAGACAUUUCGGCCCGAGGAAGAGCCGACCUCAGUUGCAGCCAUAAUGAAUGCGAUGCAAGAGACACCGACACCCUAUCGCACCGAUCAACAAUACCGCGGCCGUGGAAAGACCUCUUCUCGGUCUCGUCGAUCAUAUUCUAACACAAGCCGCGAAUCCAGUGUCUCAUCUGCAGAUUCAGCCUGGUCAUCUGGUGCCCGCUCAUCUCGUACUCGAAAUCGUCGAUCAAAAGCGCAUGUGACCAAAUCUCAGUCUAAUAACGGCAAGGCUCGUAUAUUUUGUUGCACCUUUUGCUGCGACCGCUUUGGGACCAAAUACGAAUGGGUUCGACAUGAAAAAUCACUACAUUUGAAUUUAGAAACAUGGUAUUGCGCACCACUCGGGCCGUCGGUCUUCUCCUCGAUCACAGGAAAGAUGCUCUGUGCCUUCUGCGAUGUGUUGGAGCCAUCGCAAGAACACCUCUUAAUGCACAACUAUGAUGCUUGCAAAGACCUAUCCAAUGAACUACGCUCAUUCCAUAGAAAAGAUCAUCUGGUACAGCAUCUUCGUCAUGUACAUCAAGUACAUAAUAUACCACCCUUGGAUGACUGGAAGAAAGAAAUGAAGAGUUUCACAUCAAGAUGUGGAUUUUGUGAUGUGAUUCUAGAUAAUUGGGAUGAUCGCGUCUCGCAUCUUGCCAGGCACUUCCGCAACGGAUCUACCAUGAAGGAUUGGAAGGGGGAUCAUGACUUUGCCCCGCACAUUACAGCCCAGCUCCAAAAUGCGUAUCCGCCUUAUCUUCUUGGAUGGGAAUCAGAGUGUAUCGUCCCAUUUUCUGCGACAAGCAAGGACGUUCGCGACCAGUAUUCUUUGCUAAUGUCAGGGACCAAUAUGACCAAUGAAGAUUCUGGAUAUCCUGAAUGCCUAAAGCCAGAAUUCUCCCUCACACAUGAUGAUCAAACAAUGCCGCAACUCCCAGGAUUCUUGGAUGUAUUUACACGCCAUCUGAGCCAAUACGGUCGGAAGCAGAUGGAACUCGGCAUCAUUCCAACAGACGAAAUGUUUCAAAAGGAGGCACGAAAGGUGCUCUUUCAUACCGAGGAUGCCUGGGACCAAACUAUUGCUGAUAACGCUGACUGGCUUUCUGCAUUUCGAAGACUACAUCUCAACUCGAUUGUCAGUGGCAGCUCAUUGGCAGCUCAUUAA